AUGGGUAACAUGGCAACGGAGAUUGUUGCCUUUAUCCUGACCAUCUCAGGCUGGAUCCUGGUGUCGUCUACCCUGCCGACAGACUACUGGAAGGUGUCUUCUGUGGACGGGACAGUCAUCACCACAGCUACCUUCUGGUCCAACCUGUGGAAAACUUGUGUGACUGAUUCCACCGGUGUGUCCAACUGCAAGGACUUUCCUUCGAUGCUGGCUCUGGACGCCUACAUUCAGGUGUGUCGGGGUCUGAUGAUCGCCGCUGUGUGUCUGGGUUUCUUUGGUGCGAUCUUCGCUUUGAUAGGAAUGAAGUGCACAAAAAUUGGAGGCUCAGAGACCACCAAAGCUCGUCUGACCGUCCUCUCGGGCUUCCACUUCAUUCUCAGUGGCCUCUGCUGUUUGACUGCAUGCUCCAUAUAUGCUCACAGGAUCACAACUGACUUCUUUGACCCCCUCUUUGUUGCUCAGAAGUUUGAGCUGGGAGCAGCUCUCUUCAUCGGCUGGGCUGGGUCUGUGCUGUGUAUCUUAGGAGGACUUAUCUUCUGUUUCUCCCUGUCUGAAGGCUUCAGUAUGAGGCGAGUCGCUGAAUACUCCUACAGUGGAGCUGCAUCAUUUGUCACAACGCGCAACAAGCACGGCAAGACAGUCAACAGCCACCAAAAAGAACCACGGGAGCCUACAAGGCAGUUUGGAAGAAAUGCCUAUGUGUGA